GUAUUAUAACACGAGGGGGAAACUUGCCGGAGUCGCAGCUUGCUCAGUUUGCUUUUGGAGAUUACUUUGCCUCUCUGAAAAUCGUCACCAUGGUCGAUGCCUUCUGUGCCACUUGGAAACUGGUUGACAGUGAGAAUUUUGAUGAUUACAUGAAAGCACUUGGCGUGGGCUUUGCCACCCGGCAGGUUGGUAAUGUGACCAAGCCGACUGUCGUCAUCAGCCAGGAGGGCGACAAGGUGGCGAUCCGCACCCAGAGCACCUUCAAAAACACAGAGAUCUCCUUCAAGCUGGGAGAGGAGUUCGACGAAGCCACCGCCGAUGACAGGAACUGCAAAUCCCUGGUGUCUCUGGAGGGAGACAAGUUGGUCCACGUCCAGAAGUGGGACGGCAAAGAGACCAAGUUUGUCAGAGAAAUCAAGGACGGCAAGAUGGUCAUGAAUCUGACCUUCGAAGACAUCCACGCAGUGCGUAGCUACGAGAAAGCAUGAGUGCCCCCCCACCGGCACCCCAAACCAGCCAAGAGGUGUUGAUGUUAUAAUUAUUAUUGACUGACUGUCUGCUUCUCUUUGCACUUCAUCUACAUGUUCACGACCCGCAGGCUGCACAUUUUGUAAGAUUGAUUUUUUCUUUUUAUAUGAAUACAUUUCUGUCGUGAUGGAUGGAUCAUCUUUGCAAACCUGUGUGAAACAUGAAAUAAAAAAUAACACAGAGAG